CCGAGUUGUCCGUCGUGCUAGUAGUUAGCAUUUGACUAGCCGAGUGAAUCAGUACUUCAGUGACAUGGUCAAUCCGCUUGAAGUGCCGCCGUAUCUUCUCCAACCGCUCAUCCCUAGCAUCACUGCAGGGACUAUUACUUGUGCGCAGGCCUUAGGGUCCGAAAUAUACGUUGGCUGCUCGAAUGGAGAGCUCCUGCGCUACGCUCUCCGUCCAGAUGCGGAUCCCACCAAGCUAGACGCUUACGCUCUGCUUUCGCAACAGAGCCACCCUUCGGGCAAGCAGAUCGACGAGCUCAUCCUCGUGCCAUGCAUCGCGAGGGCGCUGGUAUUAUGUGAUCGCCAAGUCCAUAUAUAUACACUCCCUUCGCUUGAUCUUAUCCAGAACACUAAACCCGUCCGCAAUGUCGAGGUUCUUGCAGUCGACCAUAAUCACCUUCAACGCCCCGCCGCGACCUCACUUACCACUAGAACCACUUCCGCAUCAACAAAUUUUCCUGCUGAGCGAGGGAAAAACGAUGCCAUUGACCUCUGCGUUAUAAAGCGCAGUACUAUUGCUAUGUAUAGCUUGAGCGAGGAGAAGUUGACAUUUUCCAGGGAAAUCCCUUUCCGACCUGGAGCCCUCCGUGCUCAGCGUUCAGGGCGUCACCUGUGCGUUGCGACCGCAGACAUCUACAGUGUAAUCGAUCUUGCAACCGCACAGAUGUUUGAGUUGCUUCCGGUGACACAAGUCGAGGGUACAGCGGGUACAAUCAAACCACAUAUCAUCGUCAUAUCUCCAUCUGAGUUCCUUUUACUGAGCUGGACGGGUGGGAGCACACUUGGCCUGUUCAUUACGGGUGAGGGUGAUCCCGUGCGUGGAACACUUGAGUGGCCAGCGCAUCCGGUAUCCGUGUGCCUCGACUUUCCCUACUUAACAACACUUCUCCCAAAUGGCACAAUCGAAGUGCACAGUGUUGAGACUCAAACGAUUAUCCAAGUCAUCCCUGCGCCCAAUUUUGGCGAAGGGGGGAGGCCGGGCUUGGUCUCGUGCCUUGCUGGUUAUGCAGCGCCCUCCUCCGAGCGUGGGGCCAAGAUGAAGAAGGUAAAGGUUGUGUUGGUACGCAGUGAGACUGUGGGGCUGAAGAUGGACGACAAGAAGGUCCAUGAAGGCCAGAACGAGAAAAUGGAGGAAGUGGAGAAAGAGAAAAAUGCGGAUGUCCCGAGUGUGUCUAUAUGACCGACCUGAUUGGUAUACGGGCUGUCAUUCUGUUUCUCACCCUUCGGACGUUUGGUUGCCCUAUCGCAUAUGAGAUCACCUUAGGCAGAAUAAGACACUCAAGUAAAGUGCACGUCCUGCAAAACGCAGAUAGAGCAAUAUAUGACUGAAUUGAUUGUCA